CAAGCGGCGGCAGCAGCAGCGACUUGGAGCCUGAAGGAGCAGGGGAGGGAAAGGCUGCAGCUCGCCCGGCUCUUUCUCUCUCUCUGUCUCACACACGCACAAGCCACCUACUCAGCGGCAGCAGAGGCACUCCAAGCCCAGGGGCUCCUGCCUGUCUCUGGCUGGGUCUGCCCGCUUGCCACCCGGCGCUGGGCACGCACUGCAGAUCUCGAGUGGAAGAAGCAAGAAGAGGGGAGAUUUUGACGCUAGGAGCCCCCCCCCCCAUCUCAGCACACAGCGGGGACGGCACCCCCGCGCCGGGGGCGGGCAUGGAACCCUGCGGAUGCGCUUUCCAGGGGCCCCGGGAGCUGAUACUCGAAGUGGAUUUAUAGAGCGAAGCUUCCCUUCGCCAUCCCUGCACUGCCCGGGCCGGUGGCCGCACGGAUUGCACGCGCCGGGGAGCAGGGAGCACAACCAGAGACCCAGGGGGAUCCUCCUGGCGGAGGCCGGGUCACUUCUCCCCUUUAAUCGCCCCCAUCUCCAGUUCUGCUCGGUUUCUAUUUUACGCGAUCCCCAGGCGCCGUGACCGUGGAUGGCGCACUGGAUCCAAAGCGGAGUUGGCAGUUUGAGUGGCGUCUUGCAAGCCAGCCGGGAGCCCCCAAAGAGCAGGGAGGACUGAGGCGUUUGCAUUGGUGGUGGCGUUGUUACUUCGGAGGUGGCUGGAUUCUUAUCUCGCCGGAGAAUUUCCGACAUGCCUGGGGCACAAAUGACUCAGUAACGCUGCGUGCGGUUCUCACCAAGUGCUUCGUCGCUCGUCUUGUUGUUGGGUUUGUUUCUGGUCAGUCUUUCUUGCUGGGGGAUACCGAGCGUCCACCCGCCCCCGCUGACCAGGUACGGGGAGUCGCACGGAGGAGUUGGCGAGGUUUGGGCAAGGGACUUGGAGCCGCUUUCGACCAUGGCUGUGCGGAGGGGAGACUCCUCCCUUUGGAAGUACUGCUGGGGAGUUUUGAUGGUUUUAUGCAGAACUGCAAUGGCCAGAUCGAUAGUUUUAGACCCGAUCUAUUGGAAUUCGUCCAACCCCAAAUUCCUUCCUGGACAAGGAUUGGUACUAUACCCACAAAUAGGAGACAAACUGGAUAUUAUAUGCCCAAAAGUGGACUCUAAAACUGUAGGUCAGUAUGAGUAUUAUAAGGUCUACAUGGUUGAUAAAGACCAAGCAGAUAGCUGUACUAUUAAAAAGGACAACACACCUCUACUCAACUGUGCCAAGCCAGAUCAAGAUGUUAAAUUUACCAUCAAGUUUCAAGAGUUCAGCCCUAACCUCUGGGGCCUGGAAUUUCAGAGGAAAAAAGAUUAUUACAUUAUAUCAACAUCAAAUGGGUCAUUAGAGGGCCUGGAUAACCAGGAGGGAGGGGUGUGCCAGACAAAAGCCAUGAAGAUCCUCAUGAAAGUUGGACAAGAUCCCAAUUCUGCUGGAUCACCCCGUAAUACUGAUCCAACUAAACGUCCUGAACAAGAAGCUGGUACCAAUGGAAAAAGCUCCACAACGAGUCCAUUUGUAAAGGAUAAUUCAGGAUCCAGCACAGAUGGUAGUAAGGCUGGACAUUCCAGUAUACUUGGUUCAGAGGUGGCCUUAUUUGCAGGGAUUGCAUCAGGGUGCAUCAUUUUCAUCGUCAUCAUCAUCACUUUGGUGGUUCUUUUAUUGAAGUACCGGAGAAGACACAGGAAGCAUUCACCUCAGCACACUACAGCUCUGUCACUUAGUACGUUAGCCACCCCAAAACGUAGUGGCAACAACAAUGGGUCUGAGCCAAGUGACAUUAUCAUUCCUCUAAGGACUGCAGACAGUGUUUUUUGCCCUCACUAUGAAAAGGUCAGCGGAGACUAUGGACAUCCAGUGUAUAUAGUUCAAGAGAUGCCUCCUCAGAGUCCAGCAAACAUUUAUUACAAAGUCUGACAAACUGUGGUACCUUUGAGUUAUAGAGGAAACUUACUGGUCAGAUGCUUUCUGUUGGGGUUUGUGAUGACCUCCUUGUGCACUAGUAUUGACUCAGGCACGGGGGGAAGAGGCAACACCCUUUUCUCAGAGAGCCUUCUUGAGCUGGACAGCUUAUCUAGUCUGUAGAAUUCCUGUCUCAGUGAACAAACAUUCACUAAAAGCUGGAAGACUUUCCGUAGAAGAUACCCAUUCUCUGAUUGCUGUAUUCUUGUUACAUUCAUCAUCCUCGAAGCCAUGUGCUGCAGGCAUCCAGGCAUGUACAAAAGCCAAGGGAAGAUGGAGUGAUUUGUGGACGUUUAAUAGUUCUAGGCAUCCUGGGAAGGUGCUCUAGGAUAUCAGGCUUGAAAUGCAAUCUUACAACUUUUUGUGUCUCUCUCUCAGUGCAGACUGGAUUUGUCACACAGACCUCGGCAUCUAAGUAAGACUUUUAAAUUCUCUUGCUUUUAGUCCGUCACUGUUACAUUUAUUUCUGUUAUCCAGGGUUCUGCCAUCCUUCACAUAAGAUUUCCAUUCACUCCACCUCCUGCAUCACUAAUGGAACAUUAACAUUUGGAGUGCCAUGCUUCAUGCAUCUGCUACAGCAGCCUCUCUCGAAUGGGUAAUACAUUUAUAGAAACUGUGUUUGCUAAUAAGGAGCUUUCCAGCCAAAAGUUAGGCUGUCAGUGAAGUCAAGACCAGGACUGGACGGUGGCAGGGAAGGGCUGACUGCAGUUGCAGUUGAAUGCUGCUGCCUCUGAAAUAGAAGCCAGAAAGAAACAUAAUUUAGGUAGCACAGCACUUUGGUGUGCUAAGUUUUAAGAGGCAAGUAGGAGACACAACAUGCGCAGUGGAUUAGGGCUGCACUUGAAGGAGUUCACGGUUAUCAAAUAGCAAUGUGCAGAAAAAAAUAGUACCUUCAAUACAGUAGGACAAAGGGGUAUUGUUAAUAAAUGAACAGGCCUGGAGGACAAGACAAUAGUAGGCCGCUGAUGAUGUAUUAGGGCAGAACUGUUGUGGUACUGGCAAUAAGAUAUACAGCUUGGACGCUGUCGCAAAAUCGUAGUCUGCUUUGGAUGACUUUUUAAGCAGACUCAGCUGCUAUACUUAUCACAUUUUACUAAACACAGGGAAAGCAUUUAAGAAAAUAGCGGAGAGCCAAAUCUGACCGAGAUGAUUAUAAGCCAAAGGGUCAAAAGAGCAGUAAUUCCAUCACCAAUGGAGUUAUUAAAUACAUUCUCAGCUCUCCAAGUAGAACAGGAUUUUGUUUCUGAUUGAGCCUUUUGACUCUUUGGUUUAUGGUAGGGCUGUCCCUGCACAGUGCAGUGUAGGUACGGUGACUGACACAGCAGUUCAUUGGUGCUCUGUUUCAAAGUUAAAGCACAUAUGGAAAACCUCUUACCAUAAGGAUAAAAUAAAUUAUGACACUGAGAGGGAGAAGGACGAUAUGACUUAUUUAUAAUAGGUGUAUAAAACACAAGGAAUAUAAAGUGAAAGAUUGUUUUUCUAAUAUAUAUUUUGAGAUUGCACAGAAUCUACACCAGAAGAUGUGAAAUUAAUUUGUGGCAAUUAAAUGGUCUUAAUUUCUCAGCAUUACAAAAUAAAAAUAAAAAUUGGAUGACUGCUUGUGGGAAAAAAACAAUUUCAUUCCAAAAAUAACAAUAAUGAGCGCAAAUACAAAAAUAACAAAGCCCUGUAAAGGCGUCUCUCAUAACCAUAGACUAGGAAACACAAGCCCAGAAAUCCAGGAAAUCAAUGUUACUGAAUCAUAUAUUUUAUAAUGACAAGAUGUUCCGGCAUUUAUUUUCUGUGUUGUGUUUUCCCUUGCCUUAUGGACUGAAGUGUUCUGUAGAUUUCAGCAGGUGACACAGAAGGGGAGUUUCAGGUUAAAGUUUUUCUGCUUUAGCAUGUUUUUUCCCCCACAUUCCCCACGCUGAACAACAGCAACAAAAAGAAUCCUACUUUUUAUGUGCUAUGCAAAAUAGACAUCUUUAACGUGGUCAUGUUACUAUGGUAACACUUUGCUUUCAGAAUUGGAAAGAAAAUGUAGCAACAGCAUUUUAAGGUUCUCAAACCUCCAGCGAGCACCUGCAAAAAAAUGAACUGUCAUAGAAAUGAUUACUCUCUCUAUUUCCUGAACCUGAAAAUGAUGUUGGUCAAAAAGGAGAGGAAAAAAGAAAAGAAAAAAAAAGCCUGGUUCUGUGGAAGGUUACCAUGGUGACUAACUACAGUACAUAUGUAAUUCUUUGCAACAACCCCUCCUUUCUGUGAAACCAUCCAUACAAGAUUUUCUUGUAAGUCAUUAAGAUUUUAUUUUGAAGGAGGGGGAGAAAGGGGAAAAGGAGAAAGGCAUAGUGAAUCUGAUUUUAAUUAAAUCAAGUGUAUGUUUCAUCAGUUGGCUACAUUCUGGUUAUGUACUAAACUGUGAAAAAAAAUCAGAUGAAUUGAUGAAGAGCAACCUGCAACCAGUUGAAAAAAUGUACUGUGCUUCUGUUUUGUGUUUGGUGCAGCAUUAUGACAAUCUACCAACUGUUCCUUUAUUUGACGUUGGUUCAGCUUUGAAAAGUUACUGUAAAUGCCUUGCUUGUAUUAUCAUCCCUAGUCACCCGACUUGGAAUUUGCACCAUCAUGUCUAAGUGAAGAUGCUGUAAAUAGGUUCAGAUUUACUGUAUAUGGAUUUGGGGUGUUACAGUAGCCUUAUUCACCUUUUUAAAUAAAAAAAGAUACACACGAAAACAAGAUAGAAAUGGCUUUUCUUAACCAGAUUGUGUAUAUAGAGCAAUGUUGGUUUUUUAUAAAGUCUAAGCAAGAUGUUUUGUAUAAAAUUUGAAUUUUGCAAUGUAUUUAGCUACAGCUUGUUUAAAGGCAGUGUCAUUCCCCUUUGCACUGUAUUGAGAAAAAAUGGUAUAAAAGGUUGCCAAAUUGCUGCAUAUUUGUGCUGUAAGUGUGUACCAUGAAUAUUUAUUUAAGAAUUUCUUUGUCCAGUUUGUAAGUAACACAGUAUUAUGCUUGAGUUAUAAAUAAUUUUCUUUCUUUCUUUCUUUCGUUUUUUAACUAGCCUAUCAUAGGUUUGAAAUCUGCUUUAGUUCCACAUUGCAAUUAGCCCCCAGAAAAUGAAAAUUACGAAAAUCACAUUCCACGACUGUUUCAAACUGAAUUUGUUCUUAAAAAAAUAAAAUAUUUUUUUCCUAUGGAAAUCUUGCCUUCUAAGUAUUUUCUUUAGUUUUUGAUUAUUUAUUUUUUUCCUUUUUGUUAGUUUUCUUUUUCUUUUUUAAAAAAAAACUCUCCACAGCUACUAGUGAUUUAUAGGGAGAACUUAAGUCUACUUUUGUUUCAAAUUAGGGCCCUGAUCCUGCAACCUGAUUCGUAUUGGCUGAUCACUAUGCCCACACGGAGCCCCAGUGAAGUCAGUGGGUGCCAUUAAGGCAUAGGAGCCUACUAACAUGGAUCAGCUUGUGGAACGAGGACCUGGUGUCUGACCUGCAGACACUUAACUUAAAGUCAGUGGGAUUUCUCAGUGUCCCAGGGCUCCCAAUACUUACGUACAUGUUUAACUUUACUAUCGGUGAGUAGUCCUAGUGAACUCAAUGGGACUAUUCAUGUUGAUAAAGUUAAAGUGCGUAAGAUUUCCCAGGAUUGGGUCCUAUGACAUACAAGCUAACACAAGCCUUAAUACAGAAUAUGUGGGUGUGGUGCUCUAUAAUUUUCACUUAAACAACUGACACCCACAUUUAACAAAUACUGUCAUUUUUUUCCACAAAGCCCAGUCACCAUGAAAGCACAUAAUUUGAACAAUCAUGUGUAGAGUAAUAUAUGGGGAGGUCUGAGGAGGGGAAAGAUGCCUUUGUCACUUUAACAAUUGAUGCCAAGUUGUCUUAAGAGUUUCCACUCGAGAAAGGCAGUUAGUUAUUCAUCGCUUUUGGUCGUGUAAUUCCCAUUUGUCAAAUUGUCUUUGCUGAAUAAUCAAGGAAAGAAUGGCUGACAGGUGAAAAGUAAACUUAUAGGUGAAGCAUGAGAUGCACUGACACUUUUUU